AUGUGGAGGAGAGCCAUUUAGAAUUGCCUUAAAAUAGCAUUCAUUGGAUCAUCCAUUACAUUUACUUCUAGCUUUGUAUUUUCUUAAGAAUAAUUGUAUGCAUGGGGAUGGAAUAAUUUUGGAUAAUUAGGCAUUGGAAAUUCCAUAUCUCAAUAUUCUCCUCAAUUAGUCCCUAUCUAAAAUGUUUUAUUUGUAGCUUGCAAAUCGAGUGUUUCAGCAGCAAUUGAUAAAUCUGGAAAAUUGUAUACUUGGGGAAGAUCGAAAUUUGGGCUCUUAGGAAAUGGAUAAGUAGAAAACAUUAAUAUUCCUACACUUGUCGAAUGUUUAAAACAUUUGGAUUUCAAAUAUGUUGCAUGUGGCAAUUAUCAUAUGGCUGCGAUAACCAGAGAUGGACAGUUGUAUACUUGGGGUAAUUAAGAUCAUGGCAAACUUGGUCAUUCAUUUGAUAACUUAGCCAAAUUGCCAUCUAGAGAGAAAUAUGAAUACUAAAAGAAUUUGGGAUCUGCUAAAUUACCAGAAUUAGUAAAAUUAAAUUUUAAAGUACACUAAGUAUCCUUAGGAGAUUAAUUUACUUUAAUACUAUCAGAUGAUGGCAAUGUUUAUUCGGUAGGGUUGAAUAAAAAAGGUAUUCUAGGAUAUGAAACCAAAAAUGCUGAAGAACUGAGCUUUAAACAAAUUUCAAAUUUAAAAAAUAUCAUAUAGAUUGACAGUGGCACUGAUUUCAGCGUUGCACUUGAUUCUGAUGGAAAUAUGUUCGCAUGGGGUAGUAAUUACUUUGGUUAAUUAGGUACUCCAAGUCCUUCAGUAAUUUAAACACCAUAGCAAAUCAAAGGAUUGCCAAAGAUUAAAUAGUUCUCUUGUGGUGAAUAAUUCAUUGGUGCUUUGAGUGCAGACGGUGUAUUAUAUACUUGGGGUUUUGGAGGAGAUGGUUAAUUGGGAACACCCAGCAAAUAAGACAUCCCCACUCCUCAUAAAAUAUCAUUUGAUCACAAUAUUGAUAAGGUCUCAUGUGGAUAAGCUCAUGUAGGCAUCAUUAGUAAUAAUAAACUCUACAUGCACGGCAGGGGAAAAGAAGGUCAAUUAGGCAGAGGUUCAGAGACUGAAUCCCCUAACAGUAGUAGAUACUCUCCUUUAUUAGUUUUGGAAAAUGUUUUAAAGAUUGCAUGUGGAGGAAGUCAUUCCUUUGCUAUAGUUAACUAAAAAUGA